GCAAUAGUCGGAGGAAUCCGAAACGACGCCGUCUUGGAUACGCCGAACAUUGCUUUCCUGUCUCCGUAGUACACGCGAGCGGCCGGACUGGCCAACACUUCCACAGUCUGCGCUUGUCUCCGUCCGUAUACCGCCAUCCACGCCAUACAAAAGAGAACUUCCUCCCCGUUCUUCCCGGUGCUCCAGUCUAAACCGCCUUCCAUACCCACCGCCAAGUGCGGAUGCCGGCCGUUGGCUUGGCGAAACUCGUUGUGAGCCGCCUGGGCCCGGUUCUGGGCACCCCGCAGAGUUUCGUCGUCACCAAACGGUUGAUCCGGCACGCCGCUAGCGACGGUAAAGCUUUGAAUGUCCAAGACGACGGUUGUAUGCGGCUUGUCCUGGAUCGCCUGUCGCAAAGCGCGUUCCACUGCCAGGACUUUGGACGGAUUCGACGACCCCACUGCCACGCGCAGUAUCGUCGUUGUUGACGACGCCACGACCGUCGUGUCCGUGCCGUUCAUGGGACGGGACACGAAUAUGCACCAGUGGAGAGUUACGGGUUGGUAUUGCGGAGUGUCUUGCCUGCGGAAACCGAAAAAAUCCCCGCUUACCCUCCCAAUGUGUUCCGACCGUUGACCUGGAUCUUCAUUGGCCGCACUGCCGUCAGUCGGUGGGGGACCAGAGUUGGGACAGACAUCCUGUCGGAGUAGAGCCGCGAUAUUUGGUAUAGGAAUGAUACAAUAUAACGGAGAAUUCACUUAUCAGUCAGACCGGAGGGUGACGGGAUUGCGACAUCGAGCCAAUCCAGUACAACAGCCCCCCAUGUCGUUGUAUCCCUGCAUGCGUACACAUCCAUAAGAACUUUACCAUCGCAUUCGUUCCGUUUCAAAAUUCUGUCCGACUUGCCUUUUGCAAAUCAAGCGUUCUUGCUACGGUAGAAAGUGGUUUGCGCAUCAGGACUAAUGAUGUGUGACCGAAUUGACGACUGUGAGGGAAACAAGGCUGGACCUGUUGUUCACAGUCAAUCUUUUUAGAAUGAUGAUCUACUUAUGCAGACAUCGAUGAAGGCAUUUUCACUUUUCAGUCUCUUGUGAGGUUGACGUCGGAUGUCCGUUGGCAUGACCCAGAUACCGAAUGGUCGAGCUUGCUCGGAGCGCCAUGCUGUGAUCAAGGGUAAGGGGUUGUCUUUUUGGGCGCGUUUCUUUCGAUGUCGGUACUUCCGGAAAGAAAUCUUUUGGAAUCCAGUCAAAAAAAGAUACGAAACUUGAUGGCAUCCAUUACCGGUCGCACACUCUCUUUACAUUGGAAGUAAAAGCAGGCUCUUGGACGCACCCGAGUCGAAAGACAUACUCUUUCUUAUCUCGUUACAAAGAACAACGCUGCAUUGCUCGAAGCCCAACGGAGCUAGUAAUGACCUUGGCUAGCUUCAUCUCGUCGGCGAAUCCUUCCGUCGCCGUUGCGGGUAUCCGCCACUCGGUUACCUCCGUGGUUCCCCACGUGUUCCCCUCGGUGCUUCCAAAGACUGCGUUGGUCGUGUCCAAGUCGUCAGCUGCGGUGGUGAAUGUCUUGCGGGCUGGUGCUGCGUUGACGGCGACGAAGGACUACGGCGAUGUUGCCAUUCAGUACUUUACAUCGAUACGGGUACCGGCAGCUCUGGUUGCCGGAAGUUCCUUGGCGGCUCUGUUUGCCCUCGUGGACGAGGCUAAAGUUGAGAGUAUGGGCGAAGAAACAUCCCUGGAACGCAAGCUGGUACUGCUCUAUCACGUUUUGGUACUUUCUUCCUUUCUGCUUUCCAUCAACGUCAUUAUUGUAUCGACGGCCAUGAGUAACGUGUUCCUACUAGGGGUCAACAACCCGAUGGCCACGUCAACAUACGCGUUGCUCAAACGAGAAUACGAUUACGAAUUUGCCUUGACUAGCUGGUCUUUUAUGACGAGCGUCUUUUCCUUUUUGAGUGGAGUCGCCGUCCGGGGUCUGAUUCAAUUCGAAAUGUUCACCAAACGAAGAAAGCGACACGCUCUCUUGGCUAUUUGCUCGGUCUCUUCCAUGGUGUUGCAUCUCAUGGGAUUCGUGAAUCGGCGUUUACCGCACUGGCCAAAUAUGUUUCGUAUGACCGUGGAUGUCACGACCAUGUUCGUACAGCGUUCCAUACAAGGAGGAGCACCGUGUGAGCUUGCUUCGGUAAUACUCAUGUUGGGAGGCGUUGUGGCAGGCAUCUCGCUCUUUGUUGUACCGACCCAGUACACAGGGACGGCUCAGGAUUACAAAACAAUCAACGACGAAGAAACUCCGAAAAAGAAGAGUGCGAUCCAAAAAUCACAGAGUAAACCAGCAAAAGCUUGA